AUGCUUUCUGUAGAAUGGAUUAAUACUGUCAAUAUGACAAAUGAACGAGAGGGACAUACAGCAUCUUUGUUAACAAAUGGAAAAGUGUUAGUUACAGGUGGACAGAGCAAUAAUGGUAUGCUAAAUAGUGCUGAGUUAUAUGAUCCAUCAAGAGGUAAUUGGACAACUACGGGUAACAUGAGUAAUGCACGACGUUAUCACACAGCAUCUAUAUUAACCGAUGGAAAAGUUUUAAUUGCUGGUGGAAACAAUAGUACUGUUACUCUAAAUAGUGCUGAGAUAUAUGAUCCAUUAACAGGUAAUUGGACCACUACUGGUCACUUAAAUAAUGCACGAAUGAUGCACACAGCAUCUGUAUUAACCAAUGGAAAAGUGUUAAUUACUGGUGGAGAGAAGUUUGGGGCUCAAUAUUUAAACACUACUGAGUUAUAUGAUCCGUCAACAGGCAACUGGACAACUACUGGUAACUUAAAUAAUGCACGAAUGAUGCAUGCAGCAUCCGUAUUACCCGAUGGAAAGGUGUUAGUUACUGGUGGAACCAAUAGUGCUGAAAAUAGUGCUGAGUUAUAUAAUCCAUCAACGGGUACUUGGACCACUACUGGCAACUUGAAUAAUCCACGAAUGUUCCAUACAGCAUCCGUGUUACCUGAUGGAAAUGUGCUAGUUACUGGUGGAGCCAGUAUUGUUAAACAUAGUGCUCACUUAUAUAAUCCAUCAAUGGGUAGUAGGAUCACUGCUGAUCUCUUAAAUAAUGUACGAAUGAUGCACACAACAUCCGUGUUAACUGGUGGAACCAAUAGUGCUGAGUUAUAUAAUUCAUCAACGAGUACUUGGACCACUACUAGCAACUUAAAUAAUCCACGAAUAUUUCAUACAGCAUCCGUAUUAACUGAUGGAAAAGUGUUAGUUACUGGAGGAGGGACAGAUUAUGCUUCAAAUAGUGCUGAGUUAUAUGAUCCGUCUACAGAUAGGUGGACCAUCACUGGCAACUUAAAUACUGCACGAUUACUUCAUACAGCAUCCGUAUUAACCAAUGGAAAAGUGUUAGUUACUGGUGGAAUUAAUGUUUAUAUUCUAAAUAGUGCUGAGUUAUAUGACGCGUCAAUAACUAGUCGGACAAUUACUGUCAACUUAAAUAAUCCAUGA